AUGACACAAGCUAGCGUGCUUCAGUACGAAGCACCAUGGCCCGUAUUCGCGCUGGACUGGUGCAAGACCCCCGCGCCCGGCCAGCAGCAUCGCCCGCGAUCGUCCUUCCGCCUCGGCGUCGGCUCGUUCACAGAGGACUACCGCAAUCGCAUCGCGGUCAUCGGGCUGCAGGACGAACGGGUCCUCGUCGAGGAUGACUACACCGACUACUCGGACUUUACGAUACUCGCGGAGGCGCACCACGGGUAUCCAGCCACAUGUUUGCAAUGGCAGCCCGCGUCGUCCGUGCAGUACCCGUUGAGCUGUAGGGGUUCUGGGACAGAGCUGCUGGCGACGACGGGGGAUGCGCUGAGGGUGUGGGAGUAUGCGGGGGAGAGCGCGCCGAUGGUGUCCGGGUAUGUAGGUCGGCCGGCGGGCUCGUCUAAUCGGUUGACAUUGAAGACCGUUCUGCCUGGGAACAAAGUCCAGAGCCAGAAUAAUGCCCCGCUUACGUCCUUUUCCUGGAACGAGAAAGACCCAGCACGCAUCGUGACCUCAUCUAUAGACACGACGUGCACAGUGUGGAACAUCGACACAUCGACGGCGCUCACGCAGCUGAUCGCGCACGACCGCGAGGUCUACGACGUCGCGUGGCUGCCGGGCUCCGUGGAGAUCUUCGUCUCGGUCGGCGCGGAUGGCAGCCUGCGCGCGUUCGACCUGCGCAGUCUCGAGCACUCGACUAUCCUCUACGAGACGCCUGCCCCGAAGAACGUCCCUCCUCCGUCGAAUUCGCCGUCGAAUUCUGCGCGCCCGCCCACGUCGCCUUUGCUGCGGAUAUGCUUCAACCCCGCAGACUCCAAUUAUAUGGCUACGUUCCAUAUGGACGGGUCAGAGGUUCAGGUGCUCGACAUGCGCAGCCCUGGGCAGCCUGUUAUGGAGCUGAAGGCUCAUAGAGCGCAGAUUAACGGGUUGGGCUGGAGCACAUCCGACACGCCUAUGCUCGCCACAGCUGGUGACGACUGCCAAGUCCUACUCUGGGAUCUGUCCAGUUAUAUGCAGCUAUCCGGAUCCGCCUCGCGAUCACGCAUGAACUCCCCGCGGCCUGACGCCAAAAAACAAGUAGUCACUGACCCUGUCAUGGCGUACUCAGCCUCUGCAGAGGUGACAAGUUUGGCGUGGUCGCCGCAGAUAGGCGGCAUGUCCAUGAACACUGGACAAUCGGUUGGGCCUGGCGAAUGGCUAGCUAUCACCUCGGGCAAGUCCAUAAAAGCGUUGAAGGUGUAGUGCCGCUCUGCGCCUGCUAUUUAGGGUCAACGGUUUAGCGGGGCCAGUCUCUAACCUCGAUACGGGCUUUGUCCGGGCGGUACCUUGCGGUGGACACCUUGUUCCCCGCUUGGGUACAUAGCUGAGCGAUCCGUUCGCGCUAAACGUUGGCGUUAUCUCCUUGGUGGCUGUGGCGAAGAUAUACCUUGCCUUGCCAUCCUGAGGCUGAAGGAUCGAGGCUGGUCGACUGAACUCCGAGAUCCCCAACACCUUCCAGUAUCCCUUGGACAUCGCUGUUAUCCUCUUUUUUUGGGAUGUAACGGUUGUAUAAUAGCUGUAUUUGUGAAACCUCUGCAUCAAGUCGGUAUAUGGAGUAGACACCCGAAUCUCUCG